AUGGUCAGUGCCUUUCCAUCAAGAUGGAAGAUUUGGAAAAAUACACACAGGGAUGUACAUAGCUUACCUGUCUCAGGCCCCAUCGUACGCAUCGCUCCAGAUGAAGUACAUAUUCUCGACGCCGACUUUUGGGAAACGCUAUUCAGCAAAGCCGGUCGCGUUGACAAGUACAACUGGAUGUCGAAUCGCUUCGGCAACGAUACAUCAGUCCUGACCACAGCAGCCCACGAUCUUCAUCGCGUGAGGCGCAAUGCAUUAAACCCGUAUUUCUCGCGCCAGCGCAUUCUCGGUCUGCAGGAUACCAUUCGCCAGAAGCUUUCCGUCUUUGUCAACCAGAUUCAAGAAAAUGCCAAUGUCGGGGCACCGAUAACAAUUAGUCGCGGGUAUAUGGCGUUUAGCGAAGAUGUUAUCAUGCAUUAUUGUUUUGGGUAUGAUUACGAUUCGUUAAGAAAAUCUGCUUGGACGCCUGUUUUGCACGACGCUUUUGCAGCCGUGUGUAUUGCGGGAAACAUGGCAUUGCAAUUUCCUACAAUUCCAAAGGUGAUGAAUGCAUUGCCACAGGCAUGGGUGGAGAAACUGGAUCCAUUGUAUGCUCUGAUUUUUCGGAUGCAGAAUGAUUUUGGCCGACAAAUUCGCCAGAUGAAAGCUGCCCUGCCUCCUGCAAAAAGUGACAGGGGCGUAGACAACACCAAUCCAACAGUAAUCGCCGAAUUGCUGCAGAGUGACCUUCCUAACGAACAAAAGGCCGACCGCAGACUUCAAGAUGAAGUCCAACUAAUUGUCGGCGCCGGUCUUUCUACCACUGGAUGGACUUUGAGCGUGGGUACAUACUACCUACUAAGCAAUCCUCGAAUCCUCGCCUGUCUUUGCAAGGAAUUGGACGAUGCCAUACCAACCUCCACCACUGCAAACACAGCCGACCUAAUUUCUAACCUCGAAUGGACAGAGUUGGAAAGGCUACCUUACCUAACCGCAGUUAUCAAGGAAGCAGUCAGAUUAUCAUACUCCACGACAUCGAGAAACGUACGAUUAUUGCCCAAGCCAGUUCAGUUUAAAGAAUGGACAGUUCCUGCGCGGACACCAAUCUCAAUGACUGUCCCUUUUUUAAAUCAUGAUGAGGAUAUAUUCCCACAGUCGAGGUCUUUUGUCCCUGAGCGGUGGCUAGACGCACUAAAGACUAAAAAUGGAUCGAGCCUGGACAAAUAUUUCGUGGGCUUUGGCAAGGGCACAAGGUCGUGUUUGGGUUCAAAUCUCGCCUGGUGUGAGUUGCAUUUGGGUUUUGCAUCCUUGUUCCGCUUGUUCGACUUUGAGUUGUACGAGACAGACAAAACAGAUGUUGAGAUUGCGCAUGAUUUCUUCCUGCCGUUUGCAAAGCUCGACUCAAAAGGUAUCAGGGUAUUUGUCAAAGAGAGGCAAUGA